AUGUCAGGAGAAACAUUCAAAGAUAUUGUUGGAAGUGCAUAUUACAUUGCACCUGAGGUGUUGAAGAGGAAAUAUGGACCAGAAGUAGACAUUUGGAGUGUUGGUGUCAUGUUAUACAUUCUUCUAUGUGGUGUUCCACCAUUUUGGGCAGAAUCUGAAAAUGGGAUAUUCAAUGCCAUCCUAAGAGGCCACGUUGACUUUUCGAGCGAUCCAUGGCCCUCCAUUUCACCUCAAGCAAAAGAUCUUGUAAGGAAAAUGUUGAAUUCAGAUCCUAAGCAGAGGCUAACAGCAUAUGAAGUUUUGAAUCAUCCUUGGAUCAAGGAAGAUGGAGAAGCACCAGAUACACCUCUUGAUAAUGCUGUGCUCAAUAGGCUCAAACAGUUUAGAGCAAUGAAUCAAUUCAAGAAAGUUGCUCUAAAGGUUAUUGCUGGCUGCCUAUCAGAGGAAGAAAUCAUGGGAUUGAAGCAGAUGUUUAAGGGUAUGGACACUGACAACAGUGGAACCAUUACAAUUGAAGAGCUCAAGCAAGGACUUGCAAAACAAGGAACUAAACUGUCUGAAGCAGAAGUUAAGCAAUUAAUGGAAGCUGCAGAUGCUGAUGGUAAUGGAAUCAUAGACUACGACGAGUUCAUCACAGCAACAAUGGCCAUGAACCGAAUGAACAGAGAAGAACAUGUUUACACUGCCUUCCAAUACUUCGAUAAAGAUAACAGCGGGUACAUCACCAUUGAAGAACUAGAGCAAGCUCUCCAUGAGUAUAACAUGCAUGAUGGCAGAGACAUCAAGGAAAUCAUUUCAGAAGUUGAUGCAGAUAAUGUGUUCGAUGAUCCCACGUCAUUAACCGAGGAGGAGAUGUAUGAAUUGCGAAACAACUGGGCUACUUGUUUUCUUGACCUGUACAAUCCCGAGGUAGAUUAUGUUGUUUCCGAUGAUGAGGUUUAGGAGCUAGCUAGUUACGAUAGAUUGACAUUAACUAGGAUGUUUUGAAUUGUAAUGACUUGUAUUUUGCUUGAAUGUUAUAACAUUUUGGAUUGUUUUGGUAUUUUGCUUGACUUGUAAGACUUGGUAUUUUAU